AUGUCAGACUCACCGGCAGAAUUUCUGCCCACGAAGCUACUGGCCGAGAAACACAUCGAGUAUAUCCAAUCACUCGAUCAAAACCGGAAUAGCUUGGCGUAUCAUCUCACGGAGCAUCUACGGAUGAAUGGCGUCUAUUGGGGUCUCGCCUCGACCUUACUACUCGACCGUCCGGACGGAUUGCCGAGGCAGGAGAUGAUCGACUGGGUGAUGAGCUGCUGGGAGCCAGAAUCGGGUGGCUUCAGACCCCAUCCUGGCCACGACCCUCACAUCCACUCCACCCUGAGUGCUAUCCAAAUCUUAACGAUGCAGAACGCUAUCGAUGUGCUGGAAAAACCCAAGGUGAUCGAUUAUAUCCUUUCGCUCUUCGAUCCGGAAAGAGGGUCCUUCUCGGGCGAUAGCUGGGGCGAAACCGAUGCCCGAUUCUCGUACUGUGCAGUCUCUGGACUAGCCCUGCUGGGUGGAUUGGAAAGGCUGGAUCGCGAGCGGGUGGUCGGAUUCAUCUCGCGAUGCCAGAACUUUGACGGCGGCUUUGGGAUGGUCGAGGGGGCUGAAUCACAUGCUGCGUAUGUGUGGACAUGUGUUGGCACAUUGGCCAUUCUCGGUAGACUGGAUAUGGUAGACAAAAAUACCUUGGGAUGGUGGCUUAGUGAGCGACAGGUCCCGAACGGAGGAUUAAACGGACGCCCUGAAAAAUUGGAAGACGUCUGCUACUCCUGGUGGGCUCUUGCUUCCUUGGUCAUCAUCGGCAAAGCCGAAUGGAUCGACCGAUCAAAACUUACCUCAUUCAUCUUGUCCUGCCAAGAUCCUGAUUCCGGUGGAAUAGCUGAUCGGCCAGGUGACAUGCCCGAUGUCUGGCACACCGUGUUCGGCCUGGCGGGCCUGUCUAUGCUGGGAUAUGAAGGACUGAAACCGGUCGACCCAGUGUUCUGUAUGCCUGCUCAGUUCACCAAAGGAUUGGUUGAAGAAAACUCUUAG